AUGGGGAAGAAAGGGGCCAAGCACAUCACGGGCUUCCUGGGGCUGCAGCCCCCGGCGCAGUUCCUCAUUGUGCUCGCACUCGGGUCUCAGGCUCAGUGGAGCUCAGCACUGGGGUGUUGGUGGCAGAGCUGAGGGGCCCCCCACUGCCCCGUCAUGGCGUCUGCUCUCACCGUCCUCUUCCUUGGCUGCUGGCUGGCCGGCCGGAGUGGGGUGUCGGGAGAGGGGUCCCUCCCCAAACCCUCCUUCUCCGUCAGCCCCGGUGGGGUGAUCCCCAUAGGGGGAAACGUCACCAUCCGGUGUUGGCAUCAGCGCCUGGACAUGAGGGUCAUCCUCUCCAAGGAUGGAGAUGGGAACCAUCCGACGUACAGGGACCCUGCUAGUUAUGUGGCUGAAUUUCCCAUCCCCAGCGCCAGACGGGAACACGGGGGCAGCUACACCUGUCGUUAUAGCAACAGAACAGGACCAGCUGCCUACUCGGAGCCCAGCGACCCUGUGCAGAUCAUUGUAGCAGAUCCCAGCUUACCCAGACCCUCCAUCUCUCUCAGCCCCACUGGGGUCACCGCCCCAGGGGCAGACGUCACCAUCCGGUGUCAGGGGCAGGGCCGGGACGUGAGGUUCUUCCUGCACAAGGCUGGAGACCUGAACCCGCCGCGACACAUGGACCCUGCUGGGGACGGGGCCGAGUUCCACAUCCCCACCGUGGGCCGGCAGCAUGGAGGGAGCUACAGCUGCAGCUACCGGCCCCCAUCAGAGCCCUUCGUCUCCUCGCAGCCCAAUGACUGCGUGCAGCUGGUGGUAGCAGAGCCCAGCUACCCCAAACCCAGCAUCUCCCUGAGCCCCAGCUGGGGGGUCUCCCUGGGGGAAGCCGUGGCCAUCUGGUGUCGGGGGCAGCGCCACGGCAUGCGGUUCGUGCUGAAUAAUGAGGAACGCCAUUUCCCACCUGUGGAUCCGAACGGGUUGGAGGCUGUGUUUCCCAUCAGCAACGUGAGCCGGGAGGACGGCGGGAGCUACAGCUGCUCCUAUCACAGCAGAUCAAAGCCGUCCGCCGCAUCGUCCCCCAGCGACCCCGUGGAGCUGGUGGUGAGAGAUCCCAGCCUGCCCAGACCCUCCAUCUCUCUGAGCCCCACUGGGGUCACCGCCCCAGGGGCAGACGUCACCAUCCGGUGUCAGGGGCAGCGACGGGAAGUGAGAUUCUUCCUGCACAAGGCUGGAGACCGGGACCCGCCGCGACACAUGGACCCUGCUGGGGACGGGGCCGAGUUCCACAUCCCCACCGUGGGCUGGCAGCACGGAGGGAACUACAGCUGCAGCUUCCGGCCCCCAUCAGAGCCCUUCAUCUCCUCGGACCCCAGCGACCCCGUGCAGCUGGUGGUAGCAGAGCCCAGCUACCCCAAACCCAACAUCUCCCUGAGCCCCAGCGAGUGGGUCUCCCUAGGGGAAGACAUGACUGUCUGGUGUCGGGGGCAGCGCCAGGGUAUGAGAUUCAUGCUGAAUAAAGAGGGACGCCAUUUCCCAGCUGUGGAUCCGGAAGGGUUGGAGGCUGUGUUUCCCAUCAGCAACGUGAGCCGGGAGGACGGCGGGAGCUACAACUGCUCCUAUCACAACAGAUCAAAGCCGUCCGCCGCAUCGUCCCCCAGCGACCCCGUGGAGCUGGUGGUGAGAGAUCCCAGCCUGCCCAGACCCUCCAUCUCUCUGAGCCCCACUGGGGUCACCACCCCAGGGGCAGACGUCACCAUCCGGUGUCAGGGGCAGCGCCGGGAAGUGAGAUUCUUCCUGCACAAGGCUGGAGACCGGGACCCGCCGCGACACAUGGACCCUGCUGGGGACGGGGCCGAGUUCCACAUCCCCACCGUGGGCUGGCAGCACGGAGGGAGCUACAGCUGCAGCUACCGGCCCCCAUCAGAGCCCUUCAUCUCCUCGGACCCCAGUGACCCCGUGCAGCUGGUGGUAGCAGAGCCCAGCUACCCCAAACCCAGCAUCUCCCUGAGCCCCAGCGAGUGGGUCUCCCUAGGGGAAGACAUGACUGUCUGGUGUCGGGGGCAGCGCCAGGGCAUGAGAUUCAUGCUGAAUAAAGAGGGACGCCAUUUCCCAGCUGUGGAUCCGGAAGGGUUGGAGGCUGUGUUUCCCAUCAGCAACGUGAGCCGGGAGGACGGCGGGAGCUACAACUGCUCCUAUCACAACAGAUCAAAGCCGUCCGCCGCAUCGUCCCCCAGCGACCCCGUGGAGCUGGUGGUGAGAGAUCCCAGCCUGCCCAGACCCUCCAUCUCUCUGAGCCCCACUGGGGUCACCACCCCAGGGGCAGACGUCACCAUCCGGUGUCAGGGGCAGCGCCGGGAAGUGAGAUUCUUCCUGCACAAGGCUGGAGACCGGGACCCGCCGCGACACAUGGACCCUGCUGGGGACGGGGCCGAGUUCCACAUCCCCACCGUGGGCUGGCAGCACGGAGGGAGCUACAGCUGCAGCUACCGGCCCCCAUCAGAGCCCUUCAUCUCCUCGGACCCCAGCGACCCCGUGCAGCUGGUGGUAGCAGAGCCCAGCUACCCCAAACCCAACAUCUCCCUGAGCCCCAGCGAGUGGGUCUCCCUAGGGGAAGACAUGACUGUCUGGUGUCGGGGGCAGCGCCAGGGCAUGAGAUUCAUGCUGAAUAAAGAGGGACGCCAUUUCCCACCUGUGGAUCCGAGCGGGUUGGAGGCUGUGUUUCCCAUCAGCAACGUGAGCCGGGAGGACGGCGGGAGCUACAACUGCUCCUAUCACAACAGAUCAAAGCCGUCCGCCGCAUCGUCCCCCAGCGACCCCGUGGAGCUGGUGGUGAGAGAUCCCAGCCUGGCCAGACCCUCCAUCUCUCUGAGCCCCACUGGGGUCACCACCCCAGGGGCAAACGUUACCAUCCGGUGUCAGGGGCAGCGCCGGAAUGUGAGGUUCUUCCUGCACAAGGCUGGAGACCUGAACCCGCCGCGACACAUGGACCCUGCUGGGGACGGGGCCGAGUUCUACAUCCCCACCGUGGGCCGGCAGCACGGAGGGAGCUACAGCUGCAGCUACCGGCCCCGAUCAGAGCCCUUCGUCUCCUCGCAGCCCAGUGACCCCGUGGAGCUGGUGGUAGCAGCAGCCCCCCCGGGACACCAGGAUUUCACCUACGCCAACAUCGCCCGACUGGCGCUGAGUGCCAUGGUCCUGCUCAUCAUGGGGCUGAUCCUGGCUGAGGCCUAUUACAGCCGCCCGAGGGAGGUGCCCUAGAUGAGGAGUCUGGAUCCGGCCGUGCAGGGAAGAGAAUCUCCCCGGGGGAUGAGCCGCUUCCCCUCGGGGGACUGAGAUGCCAGCACAAACCCCCCUGCCCCCAAAUACCCCUGCCUCAGAGAAUCCCCCCCCAAAACAGCUGCCGACCUGACAGCAGCUCCCCAGGAUUGAACCCCCAAUACCAUGUGUGACACUGCACUCCAUAUGUUUAUGGAAAUAUGCUUAUGAGUGUAAAUAUAAUGUAACUGGAAUAUUCUUUAAGCAAAAGGUCUCUUGGAAGGUAUCAUUACAAAACUUAUGAUCUA